CGGCAUUAUUGGGCCCUUACAGAUCUAUCCACCCCGUCUGUAAUAAUUAUGUCAAUGGACGAAGACCAUGUUUCGUCCACACCACCUAAUAACAUGGACGAGCAUGACACUGUCGGUUCAAGUGGCGCACAUAAGCAAGAUGUCGAAAAGCCCGAAGCUAUAGAGCCCCAAACCAUUAAGCUUCCAGAUGAUCAUGCUAAUGCCUCGAAGUCGCUUCAGAAAAAUGAGGAUAUAACAGCCAACGACAUUGCUAAUCUGUAUUCAAGACUUCAAGCCGUCAUCGAGCAUGUACCAAAGUCCACUGGGCAGACCAAUGUAGAAGCCAGCAUGGUACCAUUGCCAGUGUCGCCGGAUGCUCGCUCACCAAGUGCAUCUAGUCCAUUACCGGCUCGAAAACCUAAAGUACGCACAAGUAGCUCGUAUAGUCUCAAUUCCAUUGGAAGGAGUGAUCGAGUCGAAUGUCCAUGUGCCCAUAUAUUAGUGUCAAGCGACUCGAAGCACUGUGCUUUGUGUGACCAAAUAAUCCCAGCCGUUGAACGACUACAAAAUGACAAGGCUCAAGAACUAGAAGAAAUCAAACACUUGCAGCAAAAGUUGAAGGAUGAAACGGAAAGUAUAAAGAGUCAAUCAAAAAAGAUUGAAGACAUGACAAAGAGAAUCGAAGAGUUGGAAGAUGACUUGGACGCAAAGACAGAUGCAUUUAUGGCUUUGCAAAACGACAUGGAACUCCUUAAUGAAAAGUAUGUUGAUGAAAUUGAACGGGUAGCGGAAAUUCAACAUUCAAAAGAUAUGGUAGAGAAUGAACUCGAAGACCUUAGUCGACGAUUGUUCGAAGAAGCGAAUGGCAUGGUUGCGAACGAAAAGCGAGAGAAAUACAAUUUAGAAGUGGCACAACGACACUUGGAAAACCAACUCAAAGAAACUCGUGAUCGGUUGCAUGCUGAACAGAUGCAACUUAAAGAACUACGAAUAAAAAUGGAGGAGAUGGAACUCAAGAAUAAUGAAGAAGAGAAAGAAGAAUCGGACUCUGGAGAACAAGCAAAGCGGUCAUCAUCGGCUAUGAGCGACGCAGGAGUAAGAGGAUUAGCCGAUAUGACAGCACUGCUAAAUGGCUCAUCCAAACGACAGUCUCAAAAUGGAGCUGAUCUCGACUCCACCGCCACAAAUAUUGACGACCUAGUACUGGGAGAAUUUCAAGAUUUUAUCGCCACUGGAAGAAGCCUGCCGCUCAAGAAAUUACAUACCAAUUCCUUUAUGAAAAAUUGCCAAGCUGAGGAUGUAGAACCCUGUCUUCGAUUUGGACCCAACCCACGACUCUCGGCUAAGAAAAUCAUUGAUGCCAUUGUCAUGAACAAAUGUUUUAUAGAAGAAGCACCUGUUGGGUUUGCUGACCAACAAGCCAAUCGUCCCAUCGAUGUCCAACUUCGAAUCACGGCACAGAAGAGUAUGAUAUGGGAAAGAUUCAGCGGCAACACUCAGGGACACUUCAAAGGUUGUCAAGCCUGUGGUAGAAACGAUGGAUCACCGUUACCUUUUCGAUUUCGAAUUGCUUACUAUGACGACUGGGCCUGUAUUGACCGAUAUUGUCGUGACCGUUUGGUGGCUGUUUGCGAAUUCUAUGUAUUUGUACGAAAUGCUCGCCAAGGCUACUACAAUAGCCGAAGUAUUCAUGAUCUGUAUCAAGAGUCUAUCCGAUUACGACUUCAAAUGUUUUAUGCAAGGAUGGGCACUUUACCUGUGAUGGUGCGUAAUGCUGGCCACAAAAGCGACACGAUCGGCAUUGCCCAGUUACCCCAAAUGGAGAUUCCGCCGGCAAGGAGCGAAAGUACUCUGUCAUCGUUAGAAGACGUCUCUUCCGCCUCAACACCAGUGAUUAGCAAUGAAACAACCAUUCAGGCGACUGAAUCGAGUGAUCGUCAGUCGGAUGACCAAGAGGAAAGGUCACACCCUCAUAUACCUACUUCCAAUAUAGCGUAGUAGCCUUUUUAGUUUUAAGGUUUAGUUGUAAAAAGAAAGAGAAUGGUUCUGUUCACAUUGUUAAUGCCAAAGGACUUCUUUGCAUGAUGAUACUGGCUUAACAAUGUCUAGAUAUGUAACCAGAGUAUAAAGAAAAUUGUUCAGUCUCUGGCUUUUUCAUAAUCAUUGUGCGUUUUGCGUAAUGCUAAGUUUAUAAUAUGUGGA